UGUUCCUUCAAAAUGACGACCCUCAUACCUCGCGGACCAUACACCCAAGAUGAAGUUGAAAAGCUCUACCCGAAGGAAUUGAAACUCCAGCUAGUUCAAGUUUUCCUACGACAUGGCGAGCGCACGCCGGUAUCUUCGCGCUUUGAGAAUGCAGGACUGCCACCAUACUGGCCUUACUGCAAUGUUGCCCGCCGCAUGGUCCAGAUGGCCGCGAGCAAUGAGGACCUUUCGUCAUGGAACGCCUUCAAGUGGCGGAGGAAGUUCGAGACAUUCGGCGAUAGGGACCAAACAAUAGUGACUGUCGGUGCAGGUGGUGACAUUGAGGGAAUAUGUCAGCACGGCGAAUUAACGGAUAAAGGACGUGAGACGACCUACCAGCUCGGCCAACGUCUGCGACAUCUGUAUGUGAACCAGCUCGGAUUCAUGCCCAAAAUCAAGUCCGACACAGAGGACAUGUAUCUCCGUGCUACGACCAUUCCAAGAGCUCUGGAAUCUCUGCAACAGGCAUUCUGGGGGAUGUAUCCCGCUAGUGCACGUACAGAGGACUUUCAACCGCCAGUGAUUAUAGCGCGGUCUGUGUCAGAGGAGACGCUCUUUCCCAACGAGAGCAGCUGCCGUCGAUUCAGACAGCUUGCUAGACUUUUCGCCGAUAAAGCAGCCAAAAAAUGGAACAAUUCCGAAGAAAUGGACUAUAUCAACAGUGUUUAUGGCAAAUGGAUGCCUGAGAAUUCACCCCGAGUGGCUGUUGAUUCUCACCCACGACUAUCUGGUAUACAGGACACAAUUAAUGCCACAGACGCUCAUGGCCCCGCCACAAGACUCCCCUCGGAAUUCUACAAUAACAAGGCCCGAGCUUAUAUGGAGCACAUAGCCGUCGAUGAGUGGUUCACCGGUUAUAACGAAAGCACGGAGUACCGUAAACUUGGCAUCGGAGCUCUGAUGGGCGAUAUCGUCGACCGCAUGGUUGCCACUGCCGUAGAUGGCGGCUGGCGCAGCCAAACCGCCGCUUCUGGUUCCUCUGUGGAGAAGGGCAAGGCAAUCAAGUUCGCCAUGAGCGGAUGCCAUGACACCACUCUCGCCGCCAUUCUAGGCAGUCUGGGUACCCUGGAUAACAGAUGGCCUCCUUUUACUUCCUCCAUUGCCAUAGAACUCUUCUCUCGCGCAGACUCAACGUCUGAAAGCACAGAUACCGCACUUCCGGCGCCCAAGCAAGGCAGUGGCCUCUUCUCCUUCUUGUCCGGCUCAUCUUCUGCAAACUCACGCAAGACUCAUCUCCCUCCCUCUUCGACCGCCCGCACGCCUCUUGAAUCUCUCCCCGAGUCAGCGCGCCAAGCCCUCCAAAAGAAUUACGUCCGUAUUCGCUACAAUGACCGAGUCGUGCGCAUCCCUGGCUGUGCUGUGAAGCCAGAGAAUCACUUACCUGGCGACGACACGUUCUGCACAUUGGAGGCGUUUAAGGAAAUCGUUGAUAAAUUUACGCCGAAGAAUUGGAAAAACGAAUGCGUUCAAAAUCUGGGUGAGGGGUUGUAUGGCAAGGAUGAGAAAGAGAAGGCUAUUUCCGGUUUCUAGUCUGAGUAUCGUUCAGGUGAUAGAAGGUCGCGGGUUACAGGUGAUUGCAACUUUGAUUGGUUCCAUAAUUACUAAUGGCUAACAGUAUGGUCCAUAUUAAUCAGGCUAAGGCAUUACAUUGUAUUGCUCAGGAAAACCUGGCUUCUAUAAUACCGAGGAUUAUAAAGUGCAUGGUUACCAAGAAGAGCCCGGAUACGUCUAUGUACACCGUCUGAGUUUUAUCAUGCAUCUAAAAUGUACUUCAAUCCCUCAACUCACAAAAACAGAGAGUAUGAGAGUGAAAGGAAAGAAGAAAUACUAUAUAUA